AAUUGGGCUCAUACCAUUAAAAGAACCAAACUUUAGAAAAAUACCAUUGAAGUUUUUGGCUUUGGAAAACUACCAUUGAAAGGCUGCUCCGUUAUUGGUUUGUGCCAUUGACGUCAACUGGCCGUUUGCAACCACGUAUCAGCCAGAUUAAUUGGUCAGGCUGAGCCCAGACUCCAGGAACCACACACGCACCCACCAGCCAAGAGCCCAAGACAGACUGAAGAAAGGAGACACGCCGGCGACGACUUCUCUGCCGCUAGCUGCCGGCGACGCGCCUCCCCGGCGGCGGCUCUUCCUCCUCCGUGAGCUCCUCCAUGAGCGGAGACAAGGAACCAGGAAAUUGACCAAGGAUGGAUGAAUCUCAAGUUCAAGAAGGAGUUGAUCCAAAAACUGCUUGUAGAUUAGAGAUCCUUGUCAACUCAUACUUCAGUAUUAUAGAUGGCAAAAAGGUUUAUAGUAAGGGCAGGACUGUAAGCUGGGUUGUCGAUUAUGAAAAGUAUGCACUGAUUGAUCUGCGCAAGGAUAUUGCUCCAUACUUCACAUGGGCCAGCGACCAAAAGGCAAACUUUUGGGUUGUUGAUUCAAAGCAGCAUAUGAAAUGCAGGUUAGAUACUGACAGUCAACUUCUUGAAUUGCUAAAGGCAUCGCAAGUGGUUAAGUUGUUCAUGGUAGUGGGUGCAUGGGAGGAGGGCCAUGUUGAGACCAAUGUUGCCGAGGAGGACAUGAGUGCUGCUACCAAGGUGGUUGAGGAGGAGAUCAAAGUUGAGGGGUUUGCAUGGGCAGAAGUACCAACAUAUGGAGAAACAACCGCAGGGCCACCAAUGGCUGAAGAGGAAGAAAAAGAACACUUCAUGACUUUUGGGUGUGAUCCUCAUGGAGAUGAACCAGCUGGAGCAGAUGAAGAGUGGAGGUACUUCAAAAAGGGAAGACAUGGAGGUAUGCGGUUGACCUUGAGAAAAGAGAAUGUGGUUGUGGACAAUGGGAGGUGUCCGGAAAACCAUGCCCUCAUGCUAUAUACUUGGUUGGCAAAGUUAGGCAACUAAAGAAUGAGGACUUUGUGCAUGACUACUAUUCCGUAGAGAGAUUCAAGAUGGCCUAUCAGCUUCAGAUCGCUCCAAUGAAUGGCAGGUCAGAAUGGCCAAAGGUUGAUGUUGGUUUUGAAAUGAUUCCUCCACCUCUACAAAGGACUGCUGGCAGACCACGAAAACAGAGAAUUAAGGCGAGUGGGGAGCCGGGGAAAAGAGGACCAUAUCAAUGCAAAAGGAAAAGCAUAUCAGAGGACGUUCAGGCCUCCAAAACAUCUGUUGAACCCACUGUGUUGCCGCAUUCAAGCCCAGGUGUAGCAACUCGACCAGCGGCUCCUCUUUCUCCAACCAGCCCCGGUGUAACAACUAGAAGGAUGGCUU